AUGUCUGGUGAGGGGAAGCUGCUUUGCUUCGUGAGCUUGGCUCGGAUGGAGGGAAGACGAGCUUCAACAAAAAGACAAUGCGAGAGGGAAGAGACUUAUGAUGCAAAUGCUUUACCGCCGACCAUUACAAGGCGUUACGGGGCUGAGAGGUCGACCACGGAUGGACAUAUCGGGACACGGGUGGCGUCUAGGUUUGUUCACGACGUGGACUUCAUCACGUGGCCAACACCGCACCCUGAAUUUGCAGAAGUGAAUCCUAUGAAACAAGUUUCAGCUGUCAUCCAUGGUGAUUUCAAGCUUUUUGAGAGUCAUGCCAUACUUAUUUAUCUGGCUUCAACAAUUCCUGGUGUUGCUGAUCACUGGUAUCCAGCUGAUGUGCGUGAGAGAGCAAAGGUUCACUCGGUGCUGGAUUGGCACCACACAAUUGCGCUGGCUCAGGUGAUUUUUGGAUAUCUCUUGAAUACCGUCUUCGCGAGCGUUUGGCAUGCCUGGAGACCCAAAGCAGCAGCUGAAGGUGAAAAGCUUCUCUCGGCAUCUCUUGCAAGAAUUGAGUCAUUCUGGCUUCAAGGAGGACCAUUUUUGCUUGGGAAUUCAAAGCCAACAAUUGCUGAUCUAGCUUUAGCUUGUGAAGUCACACAACUUGAGGUUGCAGAUCAGAAUGACCAUGACCGUAUUAUGGAACCCCACUCGAAAAUCGUGAAGUGGCUCAAGGAUGUGAAGAGCGCAACCACCCCUCAUUUUGAGGAAAUUCAUGCAGCAAUCCGUGCAGCCAGAGAGCCCCUAAAGAAACUGAAGGCCCAAGCAGCUCAGAAAUCGGAGUGAAGCUGAAAGUGGUUGCAUUUCCAUAUGUGUGAGGUAACAAUGAAUAAGGGCAAGUGUUGAAGAACUCAUUAGGUUCAAGUGCCAUCACUUGAUCUAUUUUACAUGUGUGAUAUCAACUUUUAUCUUAUCUGCUUGCUUAUCGUAGCAGAAAAAUCUCCUUGAGAUUUAUGGAUGUGAUGAACAUGUUUCGUUUAAUAAAUCUUUAUUCAAAACA